AUGGCUCUCAACGUGAACCGCUCCAUCACCGAUCCAUUCUACCGUUACAAGAUGCCGCGUAUCCAAGCCAAGGUCGAGGGGAAGGGAAAUGGCAUUAAAACCGUCAUUUCUAAUAUGGUCGAGAUCGCCAAGGCUCUCGAGCGUCCUCCUACUUAUCCAACAAAAUACUUCGGUUGUGAGCUCGGAGCGCAGACGCAAGUCGACCAGAAGAAUGAACGCUACAUCGUCAACGGAGAACACGAUGCGGCCAAGCUUCAAGACAUCUUAGACGGCUUUAUCAAGAAAUUCGUGCUUUGUCCGGCUUGCGAAAAUCCUGAGACUUUACUUACUGUACGCAAGCAGCAAAUCAACUCGAAAUGCAAGGCUUGUGGUCACAUGUACAUCAUUGAUCAACGUCAUCGUCUCGCUACGUUCAUUGUCAAGAAUCCGCCCAAGAUUGAGGUGGACUUUUCAGUGGUCAAGGAGAAGAAGCCAAGCAAGACAAACGGCACCAAUGGAACAGAUGCUCAGGACGAGAACAAUGAAAAUAAGCAAGACUCUUCGUCUGGAGAUGAGGUUCAAAUCGCUGAUGAGGAGGACGAAGAUUGGGCUCCAGAGGUCGAGUCGGAGAAACUUACAUCCGGCAUCAACAAACUUGUCAUUUCGGCCGAUCUGGACAAAUCGAUUGAGGAACGUCUCGAGAUGCUGUACACCUACUUCCAGGACAUGAAGAAGAAAAACGAGAUCGGCGAUGGAAAGGCACUUCGCAAUGAAGCCGGAGACUCGAGC